AUUUAUAGAAAAAUGUGAAACACAUAUGUGAUUAAACAGGUAAAGUUGUAUUUUCGAUUUAGACGAGAACCCGGUAACAUGGAUGUAGUACAUGUGAAAGUUUUGAUUCUUUUUGGACUAUUAGUGGCUUCAUUUCUUAUCGGAUUUAUUCCAGUGAAAUGUAUCUAUCACUACAGAAGGAACAUGGGAACAUCAAGAGUGUAUCGUCGUGUGUUAAGCACUCUUAGCUGUUUUGCUGCAGGUGUAUUCAUGGCUACAUGCCUUUUGGAUCUACUUCCUGAAACAAUAGAGGCUUUAGAACCACAUAUCAAGGAAUCUAAGAAAUUUCAGCAUUAUCCUGUGGCUCAGUUUAUAAUGAUUAUAGGAUUAAUUUUAAUGUUAACGGUCGAACAAUGUGUUAAAAAAUACCAGGAAAAACGAGGAAGAAUUAGCCAUGAUUCAAAUGAUACGAAUAAUACCGAAAGAAACGGCCUUAUAUCCAACGAAGAUGAGUUUCGCGUAUCAUAUAGUUCAUCGGGCGUUGGAACAGACGACUCUGCAGGAGAGAAUAAAACACAUGACUUUGAGAACAGUGUAACCCUUUCGGUGAAGACAUCUGAAACAAAUAGUUCCACUCUGAGAUCUAUCUUGCUGGUAAUAGCUUUAGCUCUACACUCUAUUUUCGAGGGAAUAGCAGUCGGACUACAAAAACAAACCACUGAUGUUGUUGAAGUUUUUAUUGGCCUCAUUAUUCAUAAAGUAAUUCUUGCCCUCAGUCUAGGUAUGACAUUAAGCCAAAGCAAACUUUCGUUUUGGGCACAGAUACGAUCGCUUGUUACUUUCGCCUCAGCUUCGCCGAUCGGAAUUGUCAUCGGUUUACUGAUUGUGGAAUAUGGUCAAGGAACAACAUCUUCUUUGGUAGAGGGGAUCUUGCAAGGGUUAGCAUGUGGAACAUUCUUGUAUGUCACAUUCUUUGAAAUACUCAAACACGAAUUCAGCAUUCCAGACAUUCGGUUAAUUAAGACUUUAUUUUUAUUUCUUGGAUUUAUAUGUAUGUCAGGUUUAUUAUUAAUCCAUGACCAUGAUGAACACUGAUGGUUAGAUUCUUCUUUAUGUAAGUUUUAGCUGUUAUUUAAUUAUUUAACUAACCUAAACGUUAGGCUGUUUAAACUUUAAAUAACCAAUGACAUUUUUAUCGUGUGUUGUAAUACAUGCAACCACUUGACAAAAAUUUCCUGUUAAUUUUUAAAGAGGUAAUUUUUAAGAUUAUCGUCAUAAGAUAAAACAUCGUCAAAAGAUAAAAUCCUUGUAAAUGUAAUAUGUAUCAUUUCCUCAAAAAUAUCUAUAUAUAUAGAUAUAUGAUUUACUUAUAUAAUACGAAUGUUUGUUAACUUCGAAAUUUGUAUGUUUGUAAAUAUUGCCAUUUGUAUGUCAUGUAUUGUAUGUCAAUAUUUGGAUUUUACACCAAUAAAUAAUUUGAUUUGAUUUGAUAUGUAUUGACGCUUUGUCAUUAAAUAUCACCACAAUAUUGUUUUUAUUUGUAUUUUGCUUAUUUUUUUGUAAUUGAUGACAUUCCAAUGUUUGGAUUAAGUUUCAAUGAAAUGUUGGAUUUUGAUUUUUGCAAUAAAAAGAAACUAUUG